CCUCCAUCUUACGGCAGCAUCGUGAAAGCCUCCAUCUUUCUUCCCUCUCUUCUCGCCCUUCGGCCAUGGCUUCCCUUCCGGCAAAGAAGCCGCAGAAAAGCCAACAGAAGACGAAGAAGGAGGAGAAGAAGAGAAAGGAGACGGGAGAUUCCCUAUCCCUAGAGGACCUCAAAACCCUCGGCCACCAGCUGCUCUCCUCCAGAGCCCACAUCAACAACCUACCCAUCCUCCUCUCCUUCCUCGUCCCUUCCUCCUCCCUCGACCUCGCCCUGGAGUCCCUCAUCUCCCUCCAAUCCUUCUUCGUCCCUCUCCUCCCCGAAAUCCCUUCCGCUUCUGCUAUCUCCCGUUCGAAGGCGGUAGCUUCUGGCACUGUUGGGGAGGACAAGGAUACGGAGUCGGUGUUCCGGGCGUGGCUACGAGCAAGGUUUGAUGAGUUCGUGAACUCGCUGAUCGAGAUUGCCGUCUCGAAUCAAUCUGCGGAUGUUCUUAGAGAUGUUGCUUUGGAUGCAAUAAUGGAUUUUGUGAAGCUAGGAAAGGAGGGGAAGUUUCAGUCUGCUAUUUACCAUAGGUUUCUUAAUAGCAUUGUUUAUGCUACAUCUCCUGUUGAUCCGUUGCUAGAAUUGCUUGCACCUAAGUAUUUCAAGUACAUAGAUGUACGUUACUUCACCUAUACAAGCUUGGAUAAGAUUGCCAAGAAUUUUGAGUCAAAAAUUUCAUUUGAACUUUUAAAAGAAUCUGGAAAAAUGAGUUUGAAUGAUGAUGAAGAGCUAUCAAGAGCAAGAAUGGACACUGCUAUUCACAUUAUGUACAAUAUUUUAUCGGGUGUUCCUCCUUUAGAAGUUGAUAAAGAACCAGGUUAUGAGAUGUGGAGUCAGUCAGGUCUUUCAUCCAAAGAAACAGGAAGGAUAUCUUCCUCUGAUAUGGCUGUGGAUGCAAAAUGCCGUAACUCAGAGAACACAAAUAAUGAGGUCUCAUCUAGAAGUCAUAUCACCAAAAAACUCAAGCUAAAAUUCACCAAAGCAUGGAUAUCCUUUCUUAAACUAGAACUUCCUCUCGAUGUGUACAAGGAGGUUCUUGUUUCACUUCAUCAGAUCGUAAUACCUUAUAUGACAAAUCCUGCUAUGCUAUGUGAUUUUUUAACUAGGUCAUACGACAUCGGGGGAGUUAUUAGUGUAAUGGCGCUAAGCGGUCUCUUUAUUCUUAUGACACAACAUGGUUUGGAGUAUCCCAAAUUUUAUGAAAAGCUUUAUGCAUUAUUGACACCAGCUGUUUUUAUGGCAAAGCAUCGGGCAGUGUUCUUCCAACUCCUUGACACUUGUUUGAAGUCCACAUAUCUUCCAGCAUAUAUUGCUGCUGCAUUUGCAAAGAAAUUGAGUAGACUGUCUCUUUCAGUGCCACCAUCAGGAGCACUAAUUAUUAUUGCUGUAAUUCACAAUCUACUGAGAAGGCAUCCUUCCAUUAACUUUCUAGUUCAUCGGUUGGUUGAUGAUGUAACGGACAGAGAUACUUCUAUGGGAGGUACUCAGUCAGGUGAUGAUGCAAGGGAGUCUGAUGCUGGUGCUGUUAUGCACAAAAAGAAACUUGGUGUCGAUCCAUUUGACGGUGAAGAGAGUGACCCUGCCAAGUCUAACGCCAUGCGAAGUUCUUUGUGGGAAAUUGAAACUCUCCGCCAUCAUUACUCCCCAGCAGUCUCCAGGUUUGUGGCUUCGCUUGAGAAUGAUUUGACAGUGAGGGCGAAAACGUCUGAAGUCACAGUGGCAGAUUUCAGUUCUGGUUCCUAUGCUACAGUAUUUAGAGAUGAGGUCCGGCGACGGAUAAAACAGGUUCCACUUGCAUUCUAUAAAGCUACUCCAACCUCCCUGUUUUGGGAUUCAGAUUUUGCGGGAUGGACAUUUGGAGAUCAGCAUAAUGAGAAAAUAGAAGGUGAAACUCAAGAUGAUGGGGUGUCAAACAUAGUGGAGAAGGAUGAUUGUGAGCGUGUGAAGAGGCCGAGGAUAGAAAUAGAAGUCUAGUCAUUUUUAAGCGAUUUCAAUUUGGGAGAGAUCAAACAUAAAUGCAGUUUUUUUUUUGGCUUUUAAUCUUGUAAUUGAGGUUACAAAGCUGAGUUACCAUUAAAUUUUGUAGCUCAAUAUUGCCAAUUAUAAUUUUAUUCAGUCAUGUUUUCGGAGCCUA